UCUCUCUGAACAGCAGAUUGCGAAGUGACAACUACUGAACAAUUCGCCAGAGUUGUCAGACGUCAACAUUCCUGAUUUAUACAACAACAUCCUCUGCUCAGAGUUCGAGUCGUUUCUUAGUUUUCAAUGUGUGAAAUUCGCAAAAGAAGACUACGCAGGGAAGAUACAGUUGACUUAACUGUAGGAUGUGUUGCGGAUGACAAUUGCUUAUAUGCUCUCAUGGAGUGGAGCAGUUUGAUAGCAGAAGAAGAAUUUUGAAGAACGUUAGUCGUUGUGAAUCAUUGAUUCCGCUAACGGAUUCCAUUGCAGGUGGACAAAAACUGACGGAAAUUCUCCUGAACGUCUCGAUCAUUAGUUAAACGAUCUUAUUUUUUGGUGAUAAAGAUUGGAGUUAAUCCUGGACUCCGUAUGAAAUACGGCAAUCGAUUUUUGUUUUGUUUUAAAAACAUGUUCAGAGCCGACAUGAUCGUGAUUGUUAUUUUUGCCGUCAUAGGAAUUACGGCAGCAACUGACAUCGUCUCGCCGAAGCCUGUCGCAUAUUGGCCACUGAACUAUGAUGAUCAUACUAAGGAUGUGAGCGGAAACAAAAACGACGCCAUUGCACAUGGCGUGACUCUGACCUCCGGUCUCAACGGCAAGGUAGACGGCGCUUAUCAAUUCGAGGGAAAGCCCGGUUCCUAUCUCAAAGUGACCAUGACGCCAUUAUUGGACGUUGGGAAGACCGGUUCCUUCUCCUAUGCCGCAUACAUCUAUCCCCAGGGGUCGUCUGGUUGUUUAUUUGAGUGGAGCAUUAACCCCUACGGAACAAACAUUUGGUUGAUCGCUUCAGCGGAUAACGUACCGGAAAUUCUUGUCACCAUAAAAAAUAGUAUCUCCAACGACGCGGACUCCAGGGGAUAUGACAAAAAGCUGCCUCUGAAACUCAACGAAUGGAAUUUUGUGGGUGUUGUCUACGACUUCAAAGAAGGGGUAUUGUCGGUAAUGGUAGAUGAUGCGACAAUUACCGUCAAUAGGGGUAAGGUCAAAGCCCUGACCAAUGUUCCUUUCAUCUAUAUCGGGGUCCGACCACCACCGCAGCUACUGUCAAGUACGAGUCCCUUCUCCGGGAAGAUGACGUGCAUCAUGCUUUGGAACCAGGCACUGACGGGAGAGGAGAUGACGCGGGUUAGGGAGUUCUGCUCGGAUAGGGGUAGAAUUGCUGCCAUAGAUGACUCGUUCCUUCAGUAUCAUCCCUUCCAACUACAAACCACUGGAACUCACAUGACUCUUGUCCCAAACGCUGUGAUUGAUACACAGAGUGACGUGACCCUGGUCACGUGCGCCAGCGCCUGCACGACGAGGCUGGACUGCGUCACCUUUGGGUACUCCGAGGCUAACAAGGAAUGCAAACUGAGCAACCAAGCGCCCUACAACGAUGUCGCAUUACCUGGAUAUGUCAUUUAUAUGAUCAAAAAAUGUGGCAGCUGAAAAAACAAAAGUGUCUGUCAUACUACAAAUCUCCCACACCAUAGCUUUUUGAUGACCGACUGUGACACUCAUUUUUAAUGCCAACCUUGAUCAAAACAUUUGGGUGUCUAUAUAUAUUACAUGUAUUCACUCUCAAACACUGUCAAAAGAAAUGUUUCAAAAAAGGAACAUGUCUGCAGUCGGUCCACUUUUAGAACACUCUGAAUUGAUGACG